CUUGGGAACCCGGGGGGGAGCCAAAUCGACAAGCAACUUGAACUGAACACACUCCCGCUCGGUCUCUUAACUCCUGGGUGUCUCCUCCUGGACAGACUUCCGGGAUCAUGGCAACAAUAGGGAGGGAGUCGCGCUUUAUGCCGACGGUGAAGUGUUCAACAUGUGGUUUGCAGGUGGAAAUAUCACUCAUGGGCGAGCAUACUUGCGCCGGAUCAGAGUCGCCCCCAGAACCGACACCACCGCUCCCAGCAGCCUCCUUGUUUGGGAGGCUCAUGCCCACCUUCGGCAACCCAUUGACACAGAAACAACAACCCCGAACGCCUCCUCAGGUGGACACCACAGCAGCCAAUCAGCCAUACAUUGGGCAGGGCCAACUGACCCCAAUCAGUAAUUCGAGUGGAUCACAGAGCAGUGUAUCACCUCAGACACCCGAUGGACCGCCAGAUGCCGGCAAAACAGACGAAUACUUUGCCACGCAGAUUGCGAAUAAUUCACCCCCUCCACAACAGUCAACACGGCCAGGUGGAUAUGGAGGGCUGGAUGAUAGUAGUGCAUACGAGCGCCCGAUUUCUCAGGGAGAUUCUCCCAGAAAACAGAACCCCCACCUGAUGGAGCGCAUGGACGACACGGAUAACGUAACCAGCGCCUUUGGUCCUGCCCGUCAACCCUCCGCUGCUGGGCCCAGCGGCUCAGGGACUGCGAACGGCCGCCCGGGGACUUCGGCAUCAAAUAAAAGCAGCACUUUGGGCAGUGGAAUGUCGAAGGCUCCGAGGCAGAACGGAUACGGGGACUUUUUCCUGCCGUCGAAAGCGCCAGACAACGCUACCGAGCCGCCCGCUCCGUUGAACCGGUCCGAGACCUUCCCCCGGCCACGGGACCGUUUCGCCCCUCCACUUCGUAGCCCUUCUGCCCCGCUCCGCUCGGCAACACUGCGUUCAAAUCGAACCCAGCCACCAUUGAACUCGCCCGGUGGCCCUGAUGGACAAAUUCCAAUGACGAGCGAGAGAGCUAGGAGGCCGAGCAGAGGGCCAGAUACAUCUCGGCCACCGCCGCCACGGACCGGCGCGGUUCGACCCGAGACGCCCGUUGUACCUACCAUCAAUCUUGCCGAGGAGUUUGGGAUUGGGAAUCCGUACCACACAUCUUCGGAGUCGACAUCUUCUAACAACUCGGAAAACAGCAGCCUACCGGAACGUCGUCCGAGCCAAGCGAGUCAGGCUAGCUCUCACACAAGCCCACCGAGGUCUCUAUCAUCGCGGUCUGGGAGGGAACCAUCGGACACGUCAGGCUUCGAUAACCUGGUAUCAAACGUGCAGGCUUCCGUGAACGACGCGAAACCCAAGCCACUCACAAUAGCGCCUCUGAAAUUGCCACCGAGGGACAUACGAGACCGGCCUUCACCUUUGAGCGCUCGGCCUCCUCGUACCGGAGAACGAGGAUACGACCCGCGUAUCGAUCCUGCUGUACAGAACCCAAACUAUGCGCGGGGCCGAACCGCUCUGCCUUCGCCAGCAAUGCAUACGCCAGCGCAGGAUAUCCUCGCCGUCCAAACACACAGCGACGUCCUUUCCCCUAGCACGGCUGGCCUACCCUCGCCACGAUGGACUAGCUCGCCCGAGCGGAUUGAGGACCAACGACCGUCGCAGGCACAACCGCAACCACAAGCACAACCACUACAACCACUACCGCAGACGCCUGACCGGAUUGAAGACCGAGACCGACGAUCGUCGCAGGCCCAAUCCCAAUCACAGCCGCAGCCGCAGCCGCAGCCACAGGAAACACCGCAACCGCAAAUCCGUCCGCCCACCCGCUCGCGGUCCCCCUCUCGCCCCCGCGAACCCACAGCCAACCCAGCCCGUGGUAACUGCAAAGCAUGCGGGCUGGCGAUCAAGGGCAAGUCCAUCUCGAGUGCCGACGGCCGUCUGACGGGACGGUACCACAAACCCUGCUUCGUCUGCUCUACCUGCCGCGAGCCCUUUCCCUCGGCGACCUUUUACGUCCUCGACGACAAGCCGUACUGCGAGCUCCACUACCACCGGCUCAACGGCAGCCUGUGCGGGAGCUGCGGCCGGGGCAUCGAGGGGCAGUAUCUGGAGGACGCGUCGGCCGUCAAGCACCACGUGGGCUGUUUCAAGUGCGGCGAGUGCGGCAUGGCGUUGAGGGAUGGGUACUUUGAGGUGAACGGGAAGGCGUACUGUGAGAAAGACGCGUGGAAGCUCGCCGGUGGCGGGGUCGGUGGUGGGCUCCGCCCACCGAAUAUGGGCCUGCCCAGCGGACCGAGGAGCGGCGCGAUGAAUGGCGGCGGGUAUAAUCCGAGCCGACUCGGACCUGGUGGGCCGAGGCCGCGGAUGGAGAAGAGGAUGACAAGGCUUGGGAUGAUGUGAGGGGGGUUGCGAUGCGAGAAUCGGAUGCAUUGCCCCGCGAACGAGACGCGUCCCUGGAUUUUGCGCGAUAAUACCCGACGAAUUGUUGCCGCGCUGCACAAGGGGACGGCUUGAUGCCGAUCCC